AUGCGGCGCGGGUCGCCCGCUCCCCCGCAGGGAGCGAGGCUGGCGAAGACCGGCGGCGGCGCGGCGGGCUUUCAGAAGUGGGCGCAGAAGGCAGGGCCUGCGGCGAAGAAGACUGGGGGACCUCCACUGCAGCGCGCCGCCUCGUCGCGCACCUUAGCGGCUCUCAGCGCCGCGGAGACGGUGAUUCCCUUCAUCAAAGGCGGCGAUGCUGAGCACACUCUCGUGGUUCUGCAGAGGCUGCAACUCGACGCCGCGAAGGAAUUCGACAAUACCGCCGGCGCUCAUGUUGACGUUCACGCAACCUUUCUCACUCGAGAACUCGCGAUGCGGGACCAAACGCGAAAACAGAUCGAUCUCUCGUACUUGCCAGAGGGCCGCGACAAAAGCGACCAAGGCAAAGCGCAGCCGACGAGCCUUCUGGGCAAAGGCCUGGAAAUGCUGUUUUCUUCGGACAAGCAAGAACUGGGGACUUGUCAGGACAGGACUCUCGCGAAUCUCAAGGCGCAAGUGAACUACCUGAAGCAGUGGGGCGAAGCGCUGCACAACUACGAGGUUCUGCCGGCGACGGGCGGGUCGCCGAUGCGGUCGCCAUCCCUCGCGCCGUCGGCGUUCCCGUCGGCGAGCAAGCACUCGCGCACGUGCGACCACAUGGCUGAAGUCGCGGGCAUGUCGCCCCAGGAGGUCCGCAAGAAGGAGCAGGAGCGGCGCAGAGCGGAGCGCCAAGGCCGCGAGACCUGGCUGACGUCGCAAGCGUCUCUGACUUGCCCCGCAGGGCUGGGAGCCGUCGAGCAGAAGACGCCGGCGGGCUUGCGGAAGCCGGUGUUCAGCGCGCCGGCCGGCGAGCGCGAGUGGGUCGACUUGAGGCUGCCUGAGCACUCGGAGCAAACCGAGGAGAUCCUGCGCGAGACCGAGGAACCCCGGAGGAAGAAAUUUGGAGGCGCAGACGAAGACCUCCUCGCAGAAGACCUCGACGAGGAGGAGCAACAGGAAAUCGACCAAAUGCACGCUGAACAGGACAACCGCCAAGCCGCCGCUGGUCACGUCGGAGUCAAAGAAAUGAUUGAGUUCUUCGAAACAACCCGGAUUCCGGCUUCUCAGAGAGUAAAGAUGCUAGAAUUGGAUUGCCGUUCACUCUUGACUACAAUCAAGAAGUUGAGGAGCGAGAAGGCAGCGGCGCAGGCGCAGCUGCGGGAGGCUCAACAAGCGAAAGAGGAGAUGGCGCGCAACAUCGAGACGCGGGAGAGACUCGUCCAGCAGAAGGCGGCAGCAAUUCGGCUGGCGUUGAAGGAUCACCUGCGAAUCCAACGCGCGCUCCAGGCCUCGGUGGCCUCGGGGAGCCAAAUUAUUGAAGAAGAGCAGAAGAAGGUUGCGGCAGUCCGGCGAUCCGAGGCUCAAAUCUCCCAACAGAUGGAACAAGUGUCAGUCAUCGCGGACCAUCAGGCAGAAGAACUGAAGGUGCUGCGGAAGAAGCUUGAAGAUACGAAGAAGGAAUACGAAGCCCGAGAGGCGAAGGAGUUCUUGGAUCAGAAGGCGUAUCGUCAGGAUCAGAUUAAGCUGGAGAAGUAUCACUACCGCUGCCUAAGCUUGGGAGAAGACCGCAUCCGACUGCUGGAGGCCGUGCGGCGAGAGCGGGCGAACUUAGACCUUAGGACGGCUGAAGCGCUGCUUUACAAGCACCACCUGGAGGAGAUGACGGCAGAGCGUGGUCAUUUCUACGAUGCUGCCCAGAACACGAGGAAGAAGGCGAUGGAAGAGAAGGUGGAAUACCAGAAGAGACUGCAGGACGAGCUGGAGAAGAGUAACCAAAUGCUUUCUGCGAAAGACCGCGAGCUGGCGGCGGAGCGUGAGCAGAGAACCUUGGAGCAGCGACAGACUGCGAAGCUCCGAACGAAGAGCGCCAUGACACUGCAUCAACUGAAGGAAAUGAAGUCUAUCAUCGAUACUCAACAAGAGCAGCUCAAGUCUCAGUCGAGCAACUUCCAGGAGUUUGUGAAGAACCUCGAGACCUUCCACACCAAGCUCGAUAUCCUCGAUAGGAUCGUCCAGAAUCUGCGGACCUACUACCUGCAGAAGAAAGCCGUCUCGGGGGGGUCGCCGCUCGCCCGCCAGCAGUUCGCCAACCGGCGGAAAACCGAGCGCGAAACGCAAAACGCACGCACUCUCUCGUUUCGUGAUGAUGACGGGCCUCGACGCCGUGGAUCGGCGCGACCUGACCGCAUCGAAAUUUCAGAGGAGGAGCGCCGUCGCGCGUUUGAAGAAGCGGCUGAGGGUCAGCCGCAGAUCACAGCGGAGAAGGCGGCGCAGGCAGCUCGAAAGCUGGGCCUCGCUCCCAGCUUGGCGGACGUCGAAACCCUCCACAAGAACCUCACAGGCGCCGGCGUUGACCCUCAAACUUUUGCAAAGUUCUGUCACUUCUGUGCUCGCUCGGAGGACGAAGGCGAGCAGCUGGCAACGUUCUUCAAGGCGUGGGACCCCACAGAGAGCGGAUUCAUCUCCAAGGCCGCGGCGAAGAAUAUUCUUCGCAGCUUCGGUGAACCGCUCACAGAGGAGGAGGCGGACUUCGCCAUCCGCGUGCUCGCUGACGACGCAGACAGAAUCAACUACAGAGAAUUCUGCGACAAGUAA